GGGCCCUCGGAUUCCAUCAUGCUCUCCCUCAGCGCCCUCCGCCAUUCCCCUCCUCACCCGGGCUGCAAGCUCAAGUGGGAUGCUGUGGGCGCGAACGAGCUCACAAUCGCCGCACAGGAGCUCUCCUCAGCGGACUUCAUCAUGAAGCCCAAUGAGCUGCACCUCGCCUUCGACGUCGGGCCCCUCCGCUCGCGCAACCACAGCCGCUUCAAGCGCACCACCACACACGACCGCGCCCCUCCCAUGUCAAAAUCCCACCUCGACCGCGCCCGCGACCCCUGGCCGCCCGCCCUCUCGCGCUCGAGCACCACCGCCUCCCUCGCGACGGCCGCCAUGACACUCACCGCCGACGCCGCGGUCCUUGUCACGCGCCACGUCCGGCGCGAGUCCACACACAUCGUCUGGGGCGGCAUGCUCGCGUUCGAGCCGCCCGCGGACCGCGUCGCCCUGCGCGCGGUGCUCGUCAAGAUCGCAGUCGACGAGGAGGGCGCGGAGGACCUGCGCGAGCAUGCGCGCCACUAUGAGGCGCUUGCGGAGCGCGGGCUGUAUGUCGGCUACUACGGCCUCUUUGUGGACCGUAUCGGGAGCACUGCGCUCGUUGUGGAGGACUUCGGGGAGGAGUCGCCGCGCUCAGAGAGCGCAUCGGUUCUGUCGGGGCGGUCUUGGUGACCGCAGCUAGCAGCUCGAGACGGCGAUCUCGGGAUUGUUUGUUCUGGGUCCUCGGUGGUGCGUUUCGAACUCUCCUCUACAUUGCUUUCGGAUAGUAUAAACUUUGGCAUAAUACCCCUUCUCGUGGACUGGCCAUCUCGCUCGUUACUGUCGAUUAUCACGGACUACGGAUCCGGAUCGCCCAUGUAUACCUAGUGCUAUAGUACGUCUCUGUACACUUUGUACAAUACCACGAACAUAUUGCAUUACAGUCG